AGUCAUCAAGGAGUGCUAAUGAAAGGAACCACAGCAACAUCAAUAACCCCAAGCGAGAAAAUGUACCAGAAAGCAGCUUAAACCAGAACAUUGCUGAACUUAACUCCAAUAUCCUUGAGUUCUCCCACGAGGACAAUGCACUGUGCUGGGGCCAAGGUCCUUACUCUCACAUUAACCAGAUCUUGAAGGAGGCUCAUUUCUUCAGCCUACAGCAGAGAGGACAAUCUCCGACAUGAUGACCUAGGCGCUCCUUCUCUCUUGUUUAUAAAAAGCAAUCGCUUUCACACAAAGCAGUCUUUUUGGCUUUUCUGUCUAUAUUUUCAGUAAGAGCUUAAUGGGCAAUUGUAUUUUUUGCUAUUUUGGUAUUUUGCUGCAAUUUCAGUGACCUUUUCUUAUGAUUUUCUUUCAAGUUGGGUGUCCAGUUCAUGUUAACAUAGGAACAUGAGGAUGCAUUCCUGAUACUGAACGCAAAAUGUGUCCAACUCAGGUUGGUUUCCAAGUCACUGGUGUAGGGUCUCCAUGUCAAGUAUCUUUUUAAAAUAUGAUUCCUCCUUUUGAAAUAUUUCAGUGUCCCAGAAAAGAAUGUGUGGUUUUCAUUUCCA